GCAUGAGUUCUGCUCAAAGAAACGCUGCCAGCUGUGCGCUGCAGAUGGACUCUUGUCAGAAGGUCAUGUUGCUGUGGCUGGCCCUGGUGCCCCUACUGGUGGCAGGAGACCCAGUGGUAGAGUACCAUGCCAUUUGUGAUGCUGGCAGUACUGGCACGCGGCUCUAUGUGUUUGCUCUAGAUCUUGCGGCUGGAAAGGCCGAGUCAGUCUUUGUCAAGAAGACAAAGCCUGGGCUCUCGUCCUAUGUCGAUGAUCCCAAGAAAGCAGUAGCCCCGUUGCUGCAACUCCUCAUAGAAGGAUCUGAGAAGGUGCCCCUGGAUCAGCGCAGCAAGGUUCCGUUGCUGAUCUUCGGCACGGCGGGAAUGAGGAUGCUACCGAAGAAGAAGCAGGACUCGAUUUGGGCCUCCCUGAUCCACGUCUACGAGGACAAGAGCUAUCCUUUCGACCGUGCCCAUGUCAUUGCGCGGACGGUGAGUGGUGAUGAGGAGGGCUUGUGGGCUGUACUCACAACAAACUUUUUGACAGGUAGGAUGGGCCAUGAUUUGCUCUCGCACGGCAGCUCUGCACCCUUGGGGCUUUUGGAUUUAGGCGGAUCGAGUACGCAGAUCGGCAUUCCUUCAGCCGCAGCUGCAGCCAAAGGCAUCAAUUUCAGCGACGGUGUCAUGGUCAAGAGCUACUUGGGCUUCGGCAUGACGCACAUUCGGGAAGAGGUCCGCAAGGAGUCCUCCGAUGGUACAGAUUCCAGUUGCUACAUGAAAGGGACUCCGGUGGAUGGCCGCAGUGGUACCGGCGAUGGGUCCCUGUGUCGUCGGCUGAUCAAUCGCUUGCUGCAGCAGAAGUCCCAGACUUGCAGACUGGAAUCCGCCCACUCGGAGCCCUGCUUGGGUGACUUGAGUAGUUCAGCCUUGGAAGCAGUUCAGGGCUCUGUGGACUUCUUCGGUGUUAGCGGCCUGACUUAUGUAGCAGACUUUGCCCGCUGGUGGGCCUCGCAGCAAGCGCCCAACCAUCCAGCGACCAAAGCAUUUCUUGAGGCCUAUCCUCGACCCACCCUGGCGGAGCUUGAGGCGGUCAUCGACCUCAUGUGUGCAGGCGAUUAUUCGUGGGUGGACAAACAGACCCAGCAGAAGUCCACCGCGCAUCAGUUCACAGCUGAAGAUAAUGCACCGUACAGAUGCUUUCAAGCCAACUACAUGCUGAUUCUGCUGCGGGAGAUCUAUGGCUUCCCCAAGGACGCGCGCAAGGUGACCUUUGCCCUGGAGGCGUCGGGCGAAGACCUGGAAUGGCCCUUGGGGGCGUUGCUGCAUCGCCGCGCGACGUUCCCUGCGUUCCCUGCUCCGCCGCCGAUGAACCCUGCAUAUGGAGAACUAUGAGGCUCAAAAGUCAGCUUCUCACUGCACCAGCAGGGAACGACACGCAGAGCUGUAGGGUUUCAUGCGACUUGCAGAGGUACAGACUGUACAGGCAAGUUCGCUCCGCACAAAGCCCAUCUACAGAUAUUGCGUGCAAUCAGUGAUGAGUUUUGAGGAAAA